AGUAAGUAUUGUUUAUCUACUUACUUAGUUUGUAUAAGUAACAAACUGUCAUUUACUAAGUGUUUGUAUUUACAAAUAGUUUAAAUUUAUAUUUUUGUUAUUAUUUUAGCGUUAAAAAAAAUUUUUCGCCUAAAAAAUUUAAUUCAAACAUGAAUGCAGGAAAUCAAAUACCAAAUCUUGAUAAAAUUUUACGCGAUGAUGAUGAAUCAGAUUUUUUUCCAGCAGCAGGCUCGAAUUUAGCUGCUAUCUUUGGAUUACAAGCUAAAACAUUAGAUAGUGGUUCUUCAACGAAACAAGUUUCUAAAAAAUUAAAUACAUCUCGUACUUUAACUCAAACAAUUUCAAAUAAAACAGAAGUUAUAAUAGCUAAAGCAGUUCACGCAUUUAAAUUACAAAACGGGGCUUAUAUUUCAAUUGGAAAACUUGGAAUAGCUCUUACAGGAAAUUUUGCGUCGAAAUUAUAUCAAAUUAUUUUAUAUAAAAGCAAACAAGAACAUGUGUCAGUUGUUACCGUGACACCUAACUUUUUAUAUAUUAUACAACCAAACAAUUAUUCGAGUUAUUAUGAUAGCAAUAAUAAAAACUGGUCAAUUUUGUUUGAAAAUAAUGAUGUCUGUAUAGAAUUUGCUAAAGAAGUAGGAUUAGCUCGAUAUUUUUCAGAAAAUAAAAAAAUAGAAAAUGUACUUUAUCAGGAUUUAUCACCUGCUAAUAAAGAUAUAGUGGCAAGAGAGGGAGAUAAUAUAUUUAUCAAAUAUUUCAUCGUAACAGAAAUAACACAACCCUUUAAAAACAUUCCUACAACAUUUCAAACAAUGACGGUAGAAAUAUCUAUGGAUGAUAAUUGGGAAAGAACUUUUUUAGAAAGUAAUAAAGGAUUAAAACGAAUUUUAUUUGUACCUCCCAAUAAACAGAUUAGUUUGGGACCUGGAUUUCCUAAAGAAAAAGAUAUUAUAUUAGAAGUAGAAGUAAUAGAUAUACAAUCACCUGCAGAAACUGUUCAUUCGCAUACAAUUACAAGCGGUAAAGCUUCUAUUAUAUCAAGAAUGGCUAAAAUGGGACAGUCUAUAUUACCAAAAAUUCCUACAUCUACCACUACAGAUUCUGAAGAUACCGAGGAUGAUGUAUCGAGUAAAUUUCAAAUUCAAAAGAAAAUAGAAUCGUCAGAAGAAGAGAUACAAAAGAAACAUUCUCCAGUGGAAAAUUCACACAAGAAAUCAAAAUUAAAAACUGAAAUAUCGACGACAAAUGCUCCUUGUAAAUCUUUCGUUAAUUCAUCUGUAUUUACUUCUCCUCAAUGGUCUCCCACACAAAUACAACCAAAUAUUGUCACCUUGAAUGGUCAAAUAUAUUCAUUACAAUCACAAACUGUAACUUCAACAAUACCAACGAUAAUAGAUCCAGGAUUAAAUAUAUUAUUGUCUGAAACUAGAAUGACAAAUGCAGAACUCAGAAUGGGGAUGUCUAAGAUAGCCGAUAAUGUACAAAAAUUAUUGGAUAAGUUUCAUCAUUUUGAAAUUCAAAAUGCUACAACUCCUAUAAAAGAUAAAACGACUUUAGAUGCUACUUUGAAAAUGUUGUUAGCCAUGGAUACAUCUGGGGAAAAGGAUAGUCAAUUAUCUAAAAAUAUUGAUAUAACUAAUGAUAGAAAUUUUAUAGAGUUAAAUGAAAUAAAAGAUAGAAUGAGCUUAUUGGAAAAAGAAUUAAAACAAGCAAAAGAACAAGUAAAAGAUCUUGAAGCUAAAAAAGAAUCUUUAAUAAAAGAUAAUGAAAACUUGCAUAAAAUUAUUAAAGAGUUAAAUGCAUCUCUAAAAGAUUCCGAUACUGCAUUUUGUAACAUGAAAAAAAAUUUGGAAGAAACAAAAGAACUUAAUAGCAAAUAUCAAGAAGAAAUAACAAUAUUGGAAAAUAAAGUGCUUAAAUUUUCUGAAGAAUGUAGUACUACUGAAAAAAUUACAGAUUCUAAAGAAUUGAAAGAAAAUGAUAAUAAGAACAAGGAAAUCAAACAAAUAAUGAAUAAAAUUUAUCAUACUUUAUUGGAUAAAUUUGUAGAUGAGUCCUACUCUGUAAAUUAUAUAAAAACAAUAAUAGCAAGUACAAUAAAGAAUGUUACAUUACAAGUUUUAAAUAAUACUGAUGAAAAUGAUAUGUGUGAUAUUAAAAUAGAAUUAUCUUCUUCUAAUAAUACAGAAACUAAUACUCUGAAAAUAUGCAAUACAGAAUCACAAAUUUCUAAUUUUGAACAGGUAUCUUCUGUAUUGCAAAAUGAACCACCCCCUGUUCCCCCUAUAGAUACUGAGUACGAAAAUGAUUGGUUACAUUAAUAAUUUUUUUUCGUUACGAAAAAUUUUGAAACCAAAUAAAAAUUUAUUCAAUGAAAAUAAAAUUUAUAUAAUUUAUAAAUCUAAGAUAUCUUAACAUUUUUUGAAAAAUUAGUAUAAUAAUAUUUAUAAAUUUAAUAAUAUAUAUAUAUAUAUAUAUAUAUACACACAUUAUAUAUAUAUAUAUGUAUGUGUGUGUGUAUAUAUCUGUAUAUGUAUAUAUAUGUAUAUAUAUAUAUAUAUACACACACAUUAUAUAUACAUACACACACACACAUACACGUUAACAAGUAUUAUUUUAAAUUAUAUUAGUAAUUUGUUAUUUUGUUGUAAUGUUAAACGAUAGGUUAUUACGUCAUACAACAAUUUUGUACAACUUUUAUCAAUUUAAAGAAUUAUAGAUGAAUUUAUUUACAUGAGAAAAGUAAACGAAUUAUUUUAAUCUUGAUUUAAUUAUACGAAAUGUAAAAAAUAUUUGAAUAGAGAAUAAAUUACAACAGUUGCGCUGUAGUUCAGUCACUUGUCCUCUAUUAGAAAUGGCGUAAAAUCAAGGUACAUGUUUUCGUGACAAUUGAAUAUUAUAAAACAUUAAAAGCAAGAAGGAAUGCUACAGAAAAUAUGAUAGGACGUAAGUCGCAUACUGUAAAGAUUGAAAAUAAGUAGGAGACAAAAAAUCCCGCCCGUCUUUGUCCGGCUCUUGAGUAAAUCUAUCUGGCUGUAUUCACGGUUUCAUCGUCUUGGCUUCUACCACGCCAAUCAAAUUUAAAUCUAACCUUAAAAUUUUGAAUAAGAAAAACAAUGCUUUUCUUCGAAUUGUAUUAUUAUCGCGAGAUUUAUUUCAUUAAUAGAAGUCGAAUUAAAUAAUAAUACAAAUAAAAAUUUUAAUGAUGUUA